CCCUCUCCCCGUCUCCCUCUCCACGUCUCCCUCUCCCCGUCUCCCUCUCCCCGUCUCCCUCUCCCCGUCUCCCUCUCCCUGUGCUCCCCCUGCGCUCCCUUCUCGUCGUCGUCUGCGUCUCGCCUCCUCUCCCGCCGCGAUGGGAGGCGGCGAUCUGAAUCUGAAGAAGAGCUGGCAUCCACAGACACUGCGGAAUAUCGAGCGUGUGUGGAAGGCUGAGCAGAAGCAUGAGGCCGAGCAGAAGAAGAUCGAUGAGCUCCAGAAGGAGCUGGCGGAGGAGCGAUCCCGGGAGGACAUCCAACGUCACGCCGAGCAGGGCGGCGUCAUAACGAAGAAGGACACGCGUCUGGACUGGAUGUACCAGGGUCCUGGAAGCCUCGUGAAUCGCGAGGAGUACCUGCUGGGAAAGCCCAUUGACAAAUACGCGAGUGACAAGCUCAUGGAGGAACCUCCUGGCCCAACCAGCACGGGGCUCCCGACUGGAUCCAUCUUCGCGGCCACCACCACGCCCCUUUCUGCCAAUGACAUGGCUGCCAAAAUCCGGGAGGACCCACUCUUUCUCAUCAGAAAAAAAGAAGAACAGAAGAAGAGGGAGGUCCUUCAGAACCCUGUGAAAAUGAAGAAAAUUAAAGAAAUGCUGAAAAAGAACAUCUUGAAAGAAAAGAAAAAAGAGAAGAAGAACAAGAAGAAGAAGAAGAACAAGCACAGGCGGCGGCACGAGUCGAGCAGUGAGAGCGACAGGGAGGCACGAUCGAGGAAUCAUAAGAAACCAUCGCAAGAAGAAUCCCACGGUGAAAAGUCUCAGUAUAAGAGGGGCGAUUACGGCCUUCAGAUAAAAGAACAUCACCGUGAGCGGCACAGAGAUACAUUUGUGUCGUCUCGGGAAGCCAGAAGUUCCGUCUCCCCUGAUGGCCAGUUUCACCACGGGCGGCACAAAGAGACGGCUCCAGAGUCCCACAUGGCAGCCAACCCACAGAGAAAUGCUGCGGCCGAGUCUGUGAGCAAGAGAUGCAGAACCUCAACUCCUCCAGCCCCUUAUCAGCGUCGCCCACCUGCACACACCUCUAGCAAAUUGUCAGCGGAAGAGCUGGAGAAACGGCGCGAGGAGAUGAUGCAGAAUGCCAAGUGGCGAGAUGAGCAGAGGGUGGAGAACGUGAACCGGUACCGGCAGGAGGAUGAACGUGAGCGCCAGCGUGAGCGCAGCGACAAGCGCGAUGGCCGCUUCCUGCAUGCCAUGAAGCUGGAGAGCGCUGCCUCGUCCUCCGUAGAAGACCGAGUCAAGCGGAAGGUGCACUCCAUCCAGCGCACGGCUGCUGCGCUCGACAAAAACUUCAUGCGGCGCUGAGCGUCCGGUUGGAGCCAACGUUCCUUUAGUAUUCAACGUGGUGCAAGGGGCAGGCUGGACAGACGCGCACCUAUUUGAUACAGAGGUUUCCUCUGCAGUAAUGAUAGUGGUACUACAAGAGCCACACAGAAAUCCAGAUGCCUUACCCAGGCAUUGAUGAUGAUGAUAAUACUUAAUUUUGGUGGAAAAAUUUAGUGCAGACAAAUUUUAGACCUGCCCCUAAACACGUGUGUGCGUGCCAUUACGCGUUUGCUAUGCACGUGCCAGUUGAUAGCCCUGGACUUGCCGUCUCAAGGGAUAUUUCCAGAUGAAAUUUUUUAUUGUAACAAAUUCAUUGGUCAAGUUUAAAGUUGCAGUUCUGUAAUAAUGGAUUAAAUUAUUUUUUUGUCAUGAGUAAAAUUUUGGGGAACAGAUAUUUUUAGAAGGGUUUCAUGUUUUGGUAUAUGUAAGAAUAUUGAGUGCUUAAUUUUCUGGAAACCUUUAUCAGAUAAACAACUGCAACCACUAUUGUUACCAUGCUUUUUUGUACUUUAGCUUUGUGAAGAAAAUACUAGCUAGUCCAACAAAGGUUCUGGAGAAUAACAUUUUUUUCACAGCAAUUUGACAUAAAAUCAGAAAUAUUGCAACACCGUAAGUUUUAUACAUUCAUGUUGCCCAGCACAAUCACCUCUGGCGGAGCUGUAAAUACUCAGAAUUUUAGGUUCGUACCGUUUGUUUGGUAUUGUACUGCAAUGUUGUUUCAUAAUGUACAUUCAAAUAAAACAUCAACUGUCA